AUGUGCGCUCACCUUUUACUCUCUUUACGUGUGCUCUCGCACUACGGGUGCGCACAAACAACACAAACUUUAACACAUGAAACAGUUGCGUUCACUCCAGGCGCCGCCAUCGCCGGAGGCUUAAUCCUCGGCGUUUCCUCUUUGGCGCAUUACUUAAAUUGUGGGAAAGCGGUCGGGGCGAGUGGACUCUUUCGCGCGUUUACGCAUAAAAAAAUCGCGUUCGAAGAACGCUUGAAUCACUUACCGUUUUUAGCGGGGUUGUUCACCAGCGCGAAGUGGAUUCCUUUGCUCGGGUUUUCGCAACAGUUAAUCCCGGUUGGAGGGUUUGGUUUAGUCGCGAGCUCGACGAGGCGAGCCGCGGCUGGUUUGUUGGUCGGCGUGGGAAGCGUCGCCGGAAACGGAUGCACGAGUGGACACGGGUUGUCCGGGAUUGGGAGAUUGUCCGUGAGGAGUUUGAUUAACACGUGCGUUUUUAUGGCGUCUGGGGCGAUCACGGCGUUGAUGUUUGAUACGACUGGGGCGUUGGGCGUGUCGCAAAGAGCGAGGACGUUGGAUUCCGUGCGAUGGUUGACGAGCGAGGAGUUUUCUUUGUUCGGGACGUUUUUGGUCACCGGAGCUAUCAUCUCUGGGACAAUCGCGUUGGCUGGAAGGAAAGGAUUGAUACCGAGAAGCGGGCAAGUCGGUGCGGCGAUUCGAGCGGUGCACGAAUACGCCACCGGCGCGUUCUUCGGCGUCGGUUUGUGCGUCGGCGGGAUGGUCAACCCGGCAAAAGUGGCGGCGUUUUUGGAAUUCACCAAACGAAGCUUCGAUCCGUCGUUGAUGGUGUUGAUGGCUUCGGCAUUGGCCGUGUUGAUCCCAGGGUUUUAUGUCAUUAAAAACGGUGUAGAACGACCGACAUUUCACCCGGAAAAAAGCGCGUUCGCGGAACCGUUUAAAGGCAUCACUCCGAAACUCUUAGUCGGGGGAGCGCUCUUCGGCGCCGGUUGGGGGCUCGCCGGCGUGUGUCCCGGGCCGAUGUACGUGAACUGCGGCGCGAGUUUGUUCGGUGGUACCAUAUCUGAAUCCGGUUGUUUGGAUUUGAUCUUGGCGUUUUUCGUCGGACAAAACGUGAUGAGAGAAAUCGACAGUUCCGGGGUGUUGAACGCGAAGAAAACUUCAUCAUCCGCCGAAAAAAAAACGAGUAGUUGA